AUGGACUUUAGUAGUACGAAGCGGACAGCGAAAGACCAUGGCUAUGGCUUCACCAAGACCGAGCACAACGACACUUAUGCCGCCAUAGACCCAACGAAGGCCGACCUCAGCGGCAAGCGAGUCCUCAUCACUGGGUCUGCCAGAGGACUUGGGCGAGAGAUAGCAUUAUCGUUCGCCAAAGCAGGCGCUUCCGGCAUUGCGUUGCUCGACAUGCUUGAUGUAGCUGCUACGACAAAGGCCAUUCCCGAAGCCGCAUUAGAAGCAGGACGCCCUUCUCCCGAGGUCAUCCAGCUUACGAUCGACAUCACGAGCAUCGAUCAAGUCCAACAGGCCGCGGAGACGAUCAAAAGCACCUGGACCACUCUUGACAUCCUGAUCAAUAACGCUGGCUACCUUGCCUCAUACCAGCCGCUCGGCGACUCAGAUCCAGACAAGUGGUGGCGCAACUUCGAGGUAAACGUCAAAGGCGUAUACCUCAUGACCCGCUCCUUCUUGCCGCUCAUCCUCGCUAGCAAAGACAAAACCAUGAUCGUAAUGUCAAGCGUUGGCGCCCACCACACCCUCCCAGGUGGUUCUGGCUACGAGACAACCAAGUUGGCUGUGCUGAAAAUGAACAGCUACCUCAUGGCUGAGUACGGUAGUCAAGGUCUUCUGGCGUAUGGUGUGGCUCCAGGCGGUGUACACACGGCUAUGGGAGAGAGCUUUCCGGAGGAGUUUCAUCAUUUGCUGUCGGAUAGUCCGAGGAUGGUUGCUGAUACGAUGGUGUUCUUGACGAAGGGAAGGAAGGAGUGGCUUGGUGGUAGGUAUGUGGAUUCGAGGUGGGAUAUGGUGGAGUUGAUGGAGAGGAGGGAGGAGAUCAUGGAAAGAGAUCUGCUUAAUAUUGGGCUGAGAGUCUAA